UCGAUAUAGAGGGCGCUUUCUACCAUUGAAUCACAUGAUUUAUUUUAGUUACAUAGGAAUCUAUAGUUUUUCGCAUUUUCUGCAAUCUCUACACUAGCAAUUUUUGCAAUUAGAUGUCCAUCACAUCGGAAAGAAUGGAAAGUAAUAGUCAGGAAGUUGUAACUGGAAGAGACACCGAUUUACCGCCACUCAACCUGUUUGAAAAAGAAGCCAACGAUGUGAGAAACCAUCGCGUGAAUUGGCAGUCUUACGUGCAGGGUCAGAUGAUCUCACAGGAUGACUUCACGUUCAUCCGCGACUAUGACAAUGCCAGCAGCGAGAGACGGGACCAGUUGAUUCAGAAUCUAGGACCGCAGUGCGCCAAGGUCUUCAUCCGUCUGAUGGGACGCAUCGCCAAGGAGCAAACAGUGCGCUACAUCCUAACCACGAUUGACAGUAUGCUCAAGGAAAAGCCUGAGCGAGUGAGCAUAUUUGUUGAGCAUGGUAAAAAGAGUAAAACAGCUCCAUGGACUCCGUUCCUCAAUAUGCUGACUCGUGAGGAUGCAUUCACCGUCAAUCAGGCUUGCCGUAUCAUAACCAAGCUGGCUUGCUACAGCAAGGAUAAGAUGAAUGCCAACGACCUCAAAUACUUCUUCAACUGGAUCAAGCAGCAGUUGACCGCGACGUCAAAUGAAUACGUGCAGACGGUGACUGAGUGCCUACAGCAGAUGCUAAGGCUGGAUGUGUACCGAGUGGCCUUUAUGGAGAAUGAAGGAGUCAGCACGAUUUUGUCUGUUCUAGCAGGUAAGGUCAGUUUCCAAAUUCAAUACCAACUGACAUUCUGUGUAUGGAUGCUGUCCUACAAUCCUCAACUCUGCGCUCAACUCAACAAGUACAGCAUCAUCCCAGUUCUUGCAGACAUCCUGAGUGAAUCGGUCAAGGAGAAGGUCACUAGGAUUAUCCUGCUAGUCUUCAGGAAUAUGAUUGAGAAGCCAGAAGAGAAGGAAGUGGUUCAGGAAAACGCCUUGGCCAUGAUUCAGUGCAAAGUCUUGAAGCAACUGGAGGUCCUGCAAGGCCAGAAGAUUGAAGAUCCCGACAUCACGGAAGAUAUCGAGUAUUUGGUGGAUAAACUGCAGAACAGCAUGGUCGAUCUCAGCUCUUUUGAUGAAUAUUCAUCAGAGGUCAAAUCAGGUCGUCUGGAGUGGAGCCCCGUUCACAGGAGUGAGAAGUUUUGGAGGGAAAAUGCCAUGAGACUAAACGAAAAGAAUUACGAACUGCUCAAGAUAUUGACCCGACUUCUAGAGACGUCCAAAGACCCCCUGGUACUGUGUGUUAGCUCCCACGACAUCGGCGAGUAUGUCCGGCACUACCCACGAGGCAAAAACAUCGUCGAGCAGCUGGGAUGCAAGCAUCUAGUCAUGCAGUACAUGACCCAUGAAGAUCCCAACGUCCGCUACGAAGCACUUCUUGCCGUGCAGAAACUCAUGGUCCACAACUGGUAUGCCCCCAUCAUGCCUGUUAUUGCUCCAUCUGAGUAACUUACUCAUGAGAGUCAACUUUGAAUACGUGCUGGAUUAACUGAGCGAGUACACAAGCUUGUAUUCGUAUGCUCAAUAUGCAUAUUACAGUUUGAAUAUUUUUGGACAGAUGGUGACUAUAUCAUUCAUGAAGUGGAAGUUGCAGGUCUUGGCCGGUGAAAAUUUUGAGGGUAAACCGAAUAACACAUUAUAUUGUACACAGCAACGUUGCCAACAAUAAUGCCGUGUGUAUGCGUAGGAGAACUUGAUUGUGAAUGUUGCUGGAAUUGUUUCAAAAAAAAAAGUCAUAGAUACAACGUACCUUCACCUUACAAUUGAUGAGCUAAACAGGGGCCAGUACUGACAUGAAAAUAAUACUGAGGAUUGAGGAAAAUGUGAAAUGAGUAUUUCAGAUGCCUAGGAAUAAUUGUCUUUCUUCCAUUAGACAUGUUCCCCUGGUCUUUCCAAGUAGCUGUUUCGAAGGUUCAUUGUAGCCCACAACUACAGUAUUACCAUCCGGCCUUUCUUUUGCACCUGUCCACCCAUCGCCUCAUUGCAUCUGGUCGUGAUCUUGUGCAUUCAUGGAUCUGUAUAUGCAACCAAAGUUUCUUGUCCAAGUCCCGCGGUCAGCAUCCUGAAGGCAUGUUCCCUGUGUCUUCUUCCUCACUGGCUCUGCCCGUUAUGCCUGUCUGCCAGACUACUGCUGUUGUUCCUAGUGUCUUUCCCGCCGCGUGCAUGUUUGUUGUACUGUUGCACUGUGUGCAUUUGUGUUGACAUUACUUUCUCUUUUCUUUUGCUUCUCGCAGGGAGUAUCUAGGCAGGCAAAUGAUGCAAGAGGCGUAACCAUAACAACAAAUGGUGCUUCAUUAAGUCACAAUAAAGAAUCCUCCAAGAAACACAUUUCUAUGAAAAGUCAUCUCAUGUUAUACAUUUAGCCAGUACUUUUACAUUUCAACCAGCUUUGUCUGUCACUUUUUGGAAUUUUUCUUCAAGCCCUCUGAGGAUCAUUUGAGAUAGUCUUUGGAGGUCACAGAAUUUUAGUAAAAUCAUAGCCAUUUUAUUUAUUUCCGGUUAGUUUUGCAUUCUAUGUGUUUAUUUCACUGUGGAAUUGAAAACUGUUUGCUAUGGCUUGCAAUGUGUAGUGCUUAAUCAUGUCACUUUAUCGUAUGUCUUGCCCCAAUAAAACAUUUCUAAAAGAUGUAUAUUCCUGCAAUGCACUUCCGACCUUUCCACCGUUGCAUUAUGCACGUCUGUUGUGUUUUCCUUCUCUGGCAUGCAAUUGAUCAUGUGAAUGUCGCUGGUCAAGUAGGUGGUGGCUCUCUUGGUCAAGCCAAGUUUUUCACCAUUGUGCAAAAACAGAAAUGUAGUCUACAUUUGGAAGGAGUUGCAGCAAAUCAGGAAACCUGACAAGCAGCUUUACUCAAAAUCGCAGAGGGGGAAUACAUGUAGUACUUUGCAUAUGUGCCUGAUGUCAAAUUGACUAUAUCAGGACUUUCAUUUAGACUGAUAUAACCAUUUGAAGUUAUCAUGUGAAGUAUACAUUUUAGUACAGUUGGGGAAAAUGGGUCAUUCUUUUCCAAUUUCUAGGCAUCGUAAAAGCUUGUGACAUUUAAACUUUUCUUUUACUUAUGUAUCUAUGAAACUCUGGCAAUUGUUGAAAAAAACUGAAACUAGAUAAUUUAAAACUUCCUGUGCAUAUAUAUUAAAUGUGAUGACAGAGUAUUAUGUAAAAAAUAUUAAGUAUUUUGUACAGGUAUGGCAAAUUGUGGGAAGCAUUUAUAUAUAGCAUAGCAUGUAUAUCUUGGAUUUACAAAACGUCACAGCUGUGUUGCUGAUGCCAUUACAAUUAGAAGCAAAUUACAUUUCCAGCUAUGUCACUGUCAACAUAAUGCCGUCAGACAUCAAGGCACUGAAGUGAGAAGCGUUCUACUCAUCUACCAGUUGGUGGGGGUUGAAUUUAUUCGCGCGGUUAGACUUUUAUCAGUCUCUCCUGUUACAGCAGUUAGAAAAUAAAACCCUGUGUCCUAUAUAGUA